GAAGAAACACAGCACAAAAGCAGUUACAAAUCUGAACGAGAGAGCCCUUUAACCGUUUAAAACGCAUGUUAAAGCGAGUAAUUUUGCUUAGAAUUACAAAUUAUUACUUGAAAAACAUCAUCUAAUUGAGGAAGUAAUUGCAGUGAUAUGAUUGUGCCAUAGAUUUUAUUUGUGUGACAUUUUUGGUCCAAUAAUCGUUUCGUAACGGUUCGCGCGCCAUGGAGGAACCACACACCACCCCGAAGAAAAAAUCCAACAGUUCGGAACAUCAUGACACGAUUUUUAAAACGUUGGAGAAUUUCACCGCUCCGACUAGUCCUAAGCUUCCAACGAUCAAAGAUUUCUGCAUUCUGAAACCCAUCAGUCGAGGUGCCUUCGGGAAGGUAUUUUUGGGCUACAAGAGGAACGACCAGAACAAAUUGUUUGCUAUCAAGGUGAUGCGUAAAUCGGAAAUGAUAAACAAGAACAUGGUGUCACAGGUGAUUACCGAACGGAAUGCUCUUGCCCUGUCCCGGAGUCCAUUUUGCGUCAUUCUCUACUACUCGCUACAAUCCAUUUCGUGUGUUUAUCUUGUAAUGGAGUACAUGGUGGGUGGCGAUUUGAAGUCUCUCCUUGCCAUGUAUGGAUUUUUCGAGGAAUCGGCCGCCAGAUUCUACGCUGCCGAAAUAUGCCUUGCUCUACAAUAUCUCCACAAGCAUGGUAUCGUACAUCGGGACAUUAAACCGGACAACAUGCUCAUUUCGGCAGCAGGGCACGUCAAGUUGACCGACUUUGGUUUGAGCCGAAUCGAAAUGAGUCGGGAUUUGGAGAUAUCGGACCUAAUCAACUGUUCGCCAAGUCUCAAUGCCAGGACGCCCGGGCAGUUACUUUCACUUACGUCUCAUUUAUCGUUCGGCUCCCACGAUAAGCGCCUGCAAGAGCAGCUUGACAAAGAACGACUCCAGCAAUCGUCGGAAAACGAAUCUGACAAUUCGUUCACCCAGUGCAAGCAGAACGAUAGCAAAAUGUCCGGCGUAAGUCCGUUCUUUUCGGCCGAACAGAACGUAAGUUUGUUGGAUGAUGCAAAAGAGCUUCAGAAGGCGGUGGACCCCCGAAUAACGGCGGACAUGUCGUCUUUGUAUUAUACGUGCAAUUCGAGCACCGAAGGAAAAAGUAGCAGCGGGAGCUACGUUUCUCUGAAUGGCAAUUCUGACAGUCGAAGGGCGGACAGACAAACCUGUGAUAUCGGUGAUGGUGUCAAUUGUGAGAAAGAAAACAAUCCGAACCAAUAUAACACAAGAUCGCUUCCGGGGGCAAGCCAUCACAAGUGCAAAACGCAUGUCAGCAAUGAUUCUGGUGUUUCCAGCCGGAAAAGUGAUAUUUCCAACAUUCCAGCUGAACUAUCAGCCAUUGAGCGCCCGGCGGAUUGCUCAAGCCAUCACAGCAGCAGCAACAAGGACUAUUCAUGCUCGGACUUUUCUCGCAGCUAUAGUAUGAGUAAUAUAAAUGAAUCCUGUAAUUCGAGACAUCAGUGCGAUUCGCCGGUGAAAAAUGGAAUAAGAUGCUUCAAGAGACCGGAGUAUUUUAGGUAAUUAUAGAAAAAAGAAUCCGCUAGCUUUUAA